UUACCCAGGAUGCUGACGGUGUACCCGCAGACCAAGACUUACUUUGCUCACUGGAAGGACCAGAGCCCGACCUCUGCCUCUGCCAAGAAGCACGGAAUUACUGUGAUGAAUGGGAUUGGAGAUGCUGUGACCAAAAUCGACGACCUGAAAGGAGGUCUUCUGACCCUCAGUGAGCUGCACGCCUUCACUCUGCGUGUGGACCCUGCCAACUUCAAGAUCAUCUCCCACUGCAUCCUUGUGGUCCUGGCCAUCAUGUAUCCCACCGACUUCACCCCUGAGGUCCAUGUGUCUCUGGACAAGUUCCUGGCUUGUCUGGCCCAGGCCCUGGCUGAGAAAUACCGAUAAACAGCAGGAGAAGAUGACGGAGCAUGCAGCAUGAGCUCAGUCCGAACAUAAUAAAUAAAUACGAAUGAAAAAAAAGAA